CGCGCACACUUGUGGCUCGCCGCGAGAAGAGACUCAACCGAUGAAGCCAUUUCGAAACGUACUUCACAGCUCGUUUGGUGAAACCUGUGACGCAUUCCUCUGACGCGUCAAAGAGAGAAAGAAGAGAGCGAGAGAGGCUCCAAAAACUCGAUUUCUAUCUCCACCCCUCCUCCUCCACCAGCGAGUGGACCGCUCAACCGGCCAUUGAGGAGCACAGCAGAGCCGCGUAGCAUCCUCAUUCGUGACAUCCACACGCACCGAGAUGGAGGUACCAGGCUUGGCGCGCAACAUCAGCAGCCCGCUGAGCCCCUGCGAGGGGUCGGGGAUGAUCAAGGACCUGAGCCUGGACACCAUACAGCUUUGCGAGCGAGACGGAAGUAAAUCCCAGGAUGGCGCCAUCUCUGACAUGGAGGAUCUGCCUGUCCCUCAGAACAUUAAGAUCAGCAACAUCACCUGCGACUCUUUUAAGAUCUGCUGGGAAAUGGAGCAGCAUGGCAAAGAGCGUAUAACGCACUACUUUAUUGACUUGAAUAAGAAGGAGAACAAAAACUCCAACAAAUUCAAACACAAGGAUGUGCCGACCAAGCUGGUGGCCAAGGCGGUGCCCCUACCCAUGACUGUGCGGGGCCACUGGUUCCUUAGCCCACGCACUGAGUACACGGUGGCAGUGCAAAUGGCGUCCAAACAGCCCGACGGGGACUACGCUGUCUCAGAUUGGAGCGAAAUCAUUGAGUUCUGCACUGCUGAUUAUUCCACGGUUCAUCUCAACCAGCUCCUAGCGAAGGCCGAAGUGAUAUCUGGCCGGAUGCUGCGGUUCUCCGUCUUCUACCGCAACCAGAAUAAGGAAUACUUUGACCACGCCAGGGAGGAGCAGGGAAACCGGAUGCUUCCUUCGGUGAAGGACAACAGCGGUAGCCACGGUUCUCCCAUUAGUGGCAAACUGGAGGGUCUCUUCUUCAGCUGCAACACCGAGUUCAACACAGGCAAGACCCCUCAGGACUCCCCGUACGGCCGCUACCGCUUCGAGGUCAAUGCAGACGCCCUGUUCAACCCCGACACCAAUCUCUACUUUGGGGACUUCUACUGCAUGUACACGGCCUACCAUUAUGUUAUCCUGGUGCUGGCGCCCAAGGGCUCUCGGGGAGACGAUUUUUGCAAGCAGAGGCUGCCAGCCCUCGACAUCACUGACAACCGAUUCCUCACCUGCCAACGAGAGGGCGGCGAUGAGGGCAGUCUGGUGUUCCGUCACGCCCAGGACGUCAUUCUGGAGGUCAUCUACACGGAGCCCGUGGACCUGGCAUUGGGCACGGUGGGCGAGAUCAGUGGGCACCAGCUCAUGAGUCUGUCAACAGUCAACGCCAAGAAGGACCCAAGCUGCAAGACCUGCAACAUCAGUGUGGGCCGCUAAAGGGGAAGGGGCGGGACGGGGGACAGCUCUCAACAUGGUGCAUUGAAGUAAACUCACACACACAAAUACUGCAUCCAUGAGCACUAACAGACAUCAACUCAUUGGCUACUGUUGAAGUUGAUACCUUUCCAAACCAUUUAAUUGGAAGGGCUGACCGUGACCAUUCGCAGCCCCUCUCUGUCAAAAUAGUUUGGACGUCUAUUACCGUCAGUGGGGAAAGAAUGAAAGAAAAAAAAAAAAAAAAAGAGUUAAAAUUCUUUUUUUUUGAAAAAGAUGUACAUUUUUUUCCUGAAAACAAUUAUGGUGAUAGUCCGCAUUUUUCUGUAAUAUAGCAUUCCCUUUCAUUAUACAGUGGCUCCUUGAGGUCUGAGUGACCCGACUUACAUGAUGUCAUUCAGCAGAUUUUAUGCUCUUACUUUGGAGCACAAAUUUGACCUACAACCCUUGUUUGGGAAGUCAGAUCAAGUCGCUUCACAGCAAGCAAAAGUAGAGUCUUCAAGCUAAAAUUUACUGUCACACUAAAACUAAACUAAGACAUUAACAAAACUUUGCCUUGCCUGUGGUUAACGCUAACACACAAUGCAUAAUGCCAUUGACAAGCUAAUGAAUAGCAUUGGCGGUCACAGUGUUAUUACUCUUUAACCAACCAAUAUUUCAACACACAGGGUUCAUCAACACAUUUAGAUCAUAACUAUUAAUAAUAAUACUCACGGCCAUACAGUAUUUAAAUCACUUAACAGUAGGUGCGAAAGUCCUCUUCAUUUGUGUUGUCACGACUGCAUUAUACUGACCCCGGUGGCCAAGUCUGACACACAACAGUUGCUCUGAUUUAUGAUGCAUUAACUGUAAUAUUCUUUGUUGCGUUACAUUUAAAUUGUUAUUACUUUAUGCACUUGUACAGUGAUUAUUAUAUUGCAUUUUUGUUGUGCUUUUUGGGUUUACACUAACAUUGUAUAGAAUUUCUAUUCAUUUCCAUGAGAUACGGUGAGCUCAAGGCACUACUGUAUUCCCAUUUUUUUUCUUUGAGAGAAAUGGACUUUGAAAAAAUGUCAUGUUGAUCUUGUAAUAUUGCAAAGUUUUUCUUGAAAAUAAUUUGCUGCCAUCAUUUUUGUUCUUCCUAAUAUCAUUGUUUGUUUUGCUGCAACUUUUAGAAAACAACUUUUUGGUUUUGCCGUAUUCACAUUCAGUUAACUUCGAUAAAUUUAUCAGAAUGCCAAAUAUUCUUUAAUAUUAAUGGAAAACAUUUAUUUUUUGUCUUUUUUUUUUAUGCAAUUUUUUUUCUUAAAAACACCUACAAAUUUUUCAUGUGAUCAAUAACUGUGACUACUAUCGUAGUAAUAUGAGGGGGAAAAAAAUCAAGAAAAGAGGUUGCAAUAUUACAAGAAAACUGUCAUACACCGAGAGGAAAAAAUAUCUCGAAAAAUGUUUGGAUGCAUCCACGUCUGCUGCAACAGCAGAUUUCUAUUUACACACAACUCACUUCAUGCACAUCAAUGAAAAGAAUAACGGACUCUAAAACAAGACUGCUUCUCUACUGGAUUUACUUUGUGUCUAUUGUUCUAUAAUUUUUUAAAAAAUGUUUUUGCCUUGUUAUUGUUAUCAAGCAUUGGUCCUCCUUCUAACUUCACUUUUCAACACCUCGUUGUUUGCCGUUACAGCGGGGACACCUUCUCGCUGCCUCCAACUAUGGCAUGGAUUGACUUUACAACUUUCUGAUGCUACAGUAUCCUGUUAUUUCUUUAAACCAAAGGUGUUAAAAAUAUUAGGACUCAAACAAAAAAACAAAAAAAAAAACUGGAAUUUGAGUGAAACUCAUGCAACAGCACUCUAAAGUGUGUACUGUGAUGGACAAAAGUGAUAACCUUUAAAGAAAAAAAAAAGCAUGAUGCAGUCUUUUUGCAGCAUGGGUAUACUGUGAGUGAAUGUCGUCGCCAUGGCAACCCUUUCUGCAACAGUCACUCAGUAGUUGUCGUUGUGCGUUCGUUGGUGAAUAGGCAUUAAAAAAAAGUCAAAAGUUUGUUCAGCGGGGUAAAUGUGAAAAAAUAUUUAUUUUUUAUUGAUACAUUCAUAUGUACAUAUAGAGUAUUAUAUAAACCAGAAGUGCACAGAGCUCUGAUUCAUGUCAUUAAUAGCAUUUAAGAGGAAUUCUCAUCAAGCAAACUGGAGGCGAACUGUGAUGCACUGCAAUGUCAACAUUCACUAGUUUGGAAAGUGAACAUUCAAACUGAAUUGUCACAAUAAAUUGAGGUUUAAACAAAAUAUUUGCACAAUAUAGCACAAUGAAGGCCUAAAACCAAACACUAGUUGCAUUUCGUCCAAAUGACUGGGUCCCACUGACAAGGAAGAAGGAGAAAAGUUCAUAAUUUUUUGGCAUAUUUUCAAGAGAAAGUUGGCUUAGUGAGAAAAAUAAUGUCUUUACAUUAACACAUUUUGGAAUUCAAACCAAAUACAUAUACUUCUUUCACAUUUUUCAAAUAAAAUUGUUUACAUUUAUUAGCUGUUUACAACUUUUUUUGUCAUAAAAUUACAUUUUUAUAGGAAAUAUAUUUUCCUCUUUAUGUUUUCCUCAAAAAUAUAACAUUUGUUUUCAUAUUUUUUCUAAAAGUUAUUAAUUUGUUCGGUGAUAUUGCCACAUACCCCUCCCCCCAACUAAUUAUGUUAAACGUUUUUUUUGUCAGUUUUUUUCCAAGAGUCUGCUGCUCAACUAUUACGGGGGGGGGGGGGCAACACUUGUUCCAUUCGGAACAUGACUUUCUCAUGUUGUUCUCACUUUUUCUUGAAAAAAAUAUAGACUGCUCAGAAAGCUUUUUGUUUCUAUUAAGCCUGGUCCUAAUGCACCCUCAUACAAUUGCUGCCCUCUUUUGCCCAAGAUAUUUAAGAAAAAAAAAUCAAAUACCCCACAAUAAGGACAAACAGAAAAUAGUAAGUGCCAUAAUACACCUACACAAAUAUUUACAUAACAUACAAUGUACAAUAAGGUCAUCAAGUAUGCUACAUAACAUACACUUGCUUCAUCAUGUGCUUUUUGGAAUAAAAACUUUAAAUACAAUUUCCCUCCUGUAAAGUGCUUCAUCUUCCUCAUCUUUCUUCUAGAGGCUUUGGACUAAAAGCUCAGUUGCUCUUGGCUGUGUCCUGUUUUUUGCUGAGCAGGGCCUCGAGCAGGCGCAGUUUGGCUUUGAGGUUCUUGUACUGGCAGUACUCCUCCGCCAUGGGUCCGCGGUCCUCCUUCUGACAGACCCUGUGGGAGGAGGAGGAGGAGAGAGCUUGCUCACAACAUCUUCCGCAAGCGGUCCACACUCCCUAUGUUGCCUUACUCGGUUAGCUUUUUACAUUGUAUUGUUAUCCAAAUAACAAAAAUGACUGUAUUUAGAAGCAGAAUGUGUAAAGGGCAAAAAAAAUGUGUACAGUUCUCUUGUUUCCUAAAAUCUCUGCAUUGAACAAGAUGUUGGAGUUUUGUUUCUGGAUGCUUGUUUUUCUUUGUAUACGGUGGAGCCCUGGAUUAAGACUGUCAAGGUUUAUAAAUAGGCCUACGGGGAUAUCAAUGCAAGCUCUGUGUGUUAACAUAAAUCAAGGUACCCUGUAUUUUAUUACAGUUUUUUGACACAUGUAUGUUUUUUUUUUCUCCACCAUGCAUCGAGUAAACCAAAUGCUCCUAAGUUUGUUCGAAAAUCGAAUAAAACUGAAAAGUAAUAUAGUUGUGU